CCUCAGUCUGCGCUACCACCACCUUCACCCCGACUACAUCCACGAGCGGCUGCGGGCGCUGGCUGGGAGCUACGCGCUGCGGGUGCUGCUGCUGCAGGUGGACGUGGCCGCUACCUGGAGACCUACAAAGCCUACGAGCAGAAACCGCCCGACCUGCUGCGAGAGCGCGUGGAAUGCGGCGCCCUGCCCAGGAUGACGGAGUGCCUGACCAGCGUCAAAGCCGUGAACCGCACGGACGCGCUCAGCCUGCUCAGCACCUUCGGGUCGCUGGCGGCGGUGGCACGCGCCCCCCGAGAGGAGCUGUCCCUGUGCCCCGGCAUCGGCCCCCAGAAG